AUGACAAAACAUCAAAGUCUCGGACAUCAAGGAAACAUUUCCAUACCCCCCCAAUCCAGCUCCAUUGGAGCUUCGUUAUGCAGCUCGGAUGAUGAAGUCCAAUUCCAACCAGAAUUCUCAUUGGAAGCAACACAGAAGUUUCAAGAACAGUUGGAGAGUGGCCUUUCUCAAAUGACGACUGCAACCUUGUACAAAGGAUACAAGGCCAAGCUCGCAAGUCGCGAGGUUGCGCGCCAACGCAUGGUGUUGGCGACGUGGGAAAUUGACGAGGCUGCACAGUAUGAAGAAUUGCUCAUUGCCAUCUAUGGUGAAAACGAACAACGGCGGAAACUUGAGGAUGAUAGAAAAUAUCUUCAAGCUGUCUUUGAAGAUGAAUGUGAGAUCCUCCGCAUCACUAGUGCCCAAACUGACCAGGUUGCAACCCUCCUCAAUUCACGUGUUAAACAUGCAUUUUUGAAACCUGCUGCGGCAUUUCCUCUUCACCCUAAUGGUGGACUCUCCUGCAUCGGCACUAGGGAACCCUCUGAACACUCAGAUCCAGAUUUGAGUGAUGGGUCUUACGCAGACCUGCCCCCAGAUGAUUCAGAUCAUGACUCUGAGGAUUCAGGUGAAGGCGCAGGCUCUAGGUUGUCAGCUGACUGA